AUGGAGGAUCGUAUUAAAAAUGCAUUAACUAGUCUUGACAAUGUUACAUUGAUACAUACACCAUUAAAUACAAAUAAUGUAGAUGAUAAUGCUACUCAUCAGCAUGCUAGUAGUAGUAGUAGUUCUACAGUCGACAAACAAGAUUCGUCAUCGUCAUCAUCAACAUCUAAUAAUAAUCAAAUAUUAGAUGAUUCAUCAAGUAUAUUAUUUAGACCUUGGGAUAGUAAUGAUUACUAUCGUAGAGUAAAAUCAUUUACCAUCUCUAGAUGGUUUGCUAAACCUGUCUUGGUAGAUCCACUUCAAUGUGCUCGAUUUGGUUGGAUUAAUUGUGAUGUUGAUAUGUUGGAAUGUACAAUGUGCAGUAAAAGAUUAUACUAUAAUAUUGCUCCUUCUCUAUCUGCUUGUCAAACACAAAAAAGAGUGAUAGACUUUUCAAAUCAAGUAAAGACAACUGGACAUCGAGAGACUUGUCCAUGGAGAGAUAAUGGAAGUCCAUCGUUUUAUGCUCGUUUAAUCAAUGUUCCUUCAAAAACAUUGAUUGAAAGUUAUAUGGCUCGUGUAAAUAAUAUCUACAAGAAUUUAAAUAGGUUUCCAGACAUUGAUACAACAUUUUGGGGAAUAGUUCAAAAAAAAGAAAAUAAUAAUUUAUUGACAAUGAUUAUAAAAGAGGCUGGUAUAUUGACAGAUAGUAAUAAUACAAAGGAUAUAAAAUUAAAGGUUGCUUGUAUCAUUGCUCUAUGUGGAUGGGAUUAUUAUAAAGGUGAUGACCAUAAUAAUAAUAAUAAUGCAUCAUCAUCAUCGUCGACAACAAGAGAGGAUAGUGUUUGUUGUUCAUAUUGUCAAAGAGUUUGUGGAAUGUGGAAUUUCACAGAGCUUUCAACAGACCCAUUCAAAGAUAUAUACCCCCAUUUGUCAGAUAAAACGAUAUCUGACAACAAUUCAACAACAAGUAAAUUCAAAAGAAAUAGAAGUUUAUUUGAACAAGAAGAAAGAGUUGAAACAACAAUGUCAAGUGUCAUUGAUAGAAUAUUAUCAUUUAGUGGAAACAAUAAUAAUAAUAGUAAUAAUAAUAAUAAUAAUAGUGGGUUUAAUGUUACAAAUAGUGAAGGUGUUUAUACUGGAUUUAGUGAUACAAAGAGAACAAAACCACCAUCAGAUUUGGGUUGGAGUUGGGGAACUUCCUUUUCACAUCAAUCAACAUCUCUCAGCUCAACCAUAGAGUUUAAUCAAAAAAGAUUAAAACCUUUUUCACCAAUUAAUGAACAUCGUUGGUUUUGUCCAUGGAUCAUAUUUUCAAAAGAAGAAAUUCAAGACGAACAACAUCAACAACAACAACAACAACAAACUAAUCAGUCAUCAACUACCACGACAACUUUAACAAAUAAUAAUAACAACAACAAUUUAAAUGAAUCACAAGAAUCGGAACAAAAAGAAAAAGAAAUAACUAAAACUCAACCAGAUGAAGAACCAUGUGGAUGGGAAAGUUUAUUACAGUUAUUGACAAAGAAACAAUUACCUGGUCACACUGAAAGAAAAAUACAUGAUAUUGACGUUAGAGCAACAUUAAAAUUAUGGCAAUAA